GUCAAGUUAGAUGCUAUCUGUUUGACAGUGGGUAGCUGCAUAGACUGUCAAAAGAAGGGAAGCUAGACGUCAACAAGAACCUCAGUAAAUAUUUUUUUUCUCGUAGAUAAUGGCAAAUGGGUUUAUCGCAGAAUAAAUUUCAGAGUGACUUGGAACAAAUAUCUGGAUUUCUAGUAUUUUUCACAUAGGAAGGUUGGGAGUCUAUGAGUAGGGAUGCCUGUCGAAAGUGGAAGCAGUGCAGCCUCUCGCCAGGCCAAGCAGAAGCGCAAGUCCCACAGCCUGUCCAUCCGCCGGACCAACAGCACAGAGCAGGAGCGCACAGGUUUACAGAGGGAGAUGUUGGAGGGACAGGAUUCCAAAUUGCCAUUGUCUUUGAGAAGCAAUCUUCUYGACCUGUUUGGCCAGAUUGAGAGGGAGUUUGAAAACCUCUACAUUGAAAACAUUGAGUUACGUAGAGAGAUUGAAACACUGAACGAUCGUUUGACAGCUGAAGGACAAACCAUCGAUGGGGGAGAUUUGACAAAGGGGGCACUUAAAACAAAAGCAAGUCAUAGCACAAGUCAACUUUCACAAAAACUGAAGACCACUUAUAAGGCAUCUACAAGCAAGAUCGUUUCCAGUUUUAAAGCCACCACGUCCAGAGCCGUGUGCCAGCUGAUCAAGGAGUAUGUAGGUCACAGGGAUGGCAUAUGGGACCUGAGUGUCACCAGGACACAGCCCGUGGUGCUGGGCACAGCUUCGGCAGAUCACAGUGCCAUGCUAUGGAGCAUCGAGACUGGGAAGUGCCUCCUGAAGUAUGUGGGUCAUGCAGGAUCAGUUAACUCUAUCAAGUUCCAUCCCACGGAACAGAUGGCUCUUACAGCGUCUGGUGACCAGACAGCCCAUAUCUGGAGGUACAUGGUGCAGCUGCCCACCCCACAGCCUGUAGCCGACAUCAGUCAGACGCCCUGUGACGACGACAUAGACUUCUCAGAUAAGGACGAGGCUGACGGGGACGGUGAGGGCCCUAACGAGUGUCCCUCCAUCCGCAUGGCUUCCACUACCCUCAGGAGCCACCAGGGGGUUGUCAUCGCUGCAGACUGGCUGGUGGGGGGCAAGCAGGUGGUUACCGCCUCCUGGGAUCGGGCUGCCAACCUGUAUGAUGUGGAGACCUCUGAGCUCGUCCACUCACUCACUGGCCACGACCAGGAGCUGACCCAUUGCUGCACCCACCCCACUCAGCGUCUGGUGGUCACCUCGUCCAGAGACACCACCUUCCGUCUGUGGGACUUCAGAGACCCCUCCAUCCACUCUGUCAACGUGUUCCAGGGACACACCGACACGGUGACAUCAGCAGUGUUCACUGUGGGGGACAAUGUGGUGUCUGGGAGUGACGAUCGCACCGUCAAGGUCUGGGACCUCAAGAACAUGAGGUCACCCAUAGCAACAAUCCGCACAGACUCUGCAGUCAAUAGGAUAAGCGUGUCGGUGAGUCAAAGAAUCAUUGCUCUUCCUCACGACAAUCGACAAGUUCGGCUGUUUGACAUGUCAGGAGUGCGGCUGGCUCGACUCCCACACAGCAACAGACAGGGCCACCGGCGCAUGGUGUGCUGCUCAGCCUGGUGUGAAGACAACUCCUCCUGUAACCUGUUCAGCUGUGGCUUUGACAGGCAGGCCAUUGGAUGGAACAUCAACAUCCCAGCUCUGCUGCAGGAGAAGUGAGCCCAGCCCAGACAGCCCUGAGCCAUCCGCCUGGCCCACUGAACCCCAUGUUAAGAGCUGAUCCCUGGUCAGUUCAGUUAGAUGUCACCACCCUCAGGCAGGGAGGGGAGAAGAUCGAUCGAGGACCACUCUCUCUCUGUGUCAAGUAUUCAUGUUCUUCUCACACUCCAAAUGUGGUCAGUCUGGUCUGCAUAGUUUGAAUAUACAUACCGUACUACAUACAUGUGUGAUGGUGUGUGGUGGUUUUCAAACUUGCCCAUGUAUGUACAGAAAAUGUAAAAGACUACUCUCUG